AUGGCUUUUCGCACCCUCCCUCUUCCCUGGCUUCCCUGCCUCUGCGCGGUUGCCGCCGUAGUCUUGUUGGGGCCGCCGGCCGCCGCCGCCGACCCGGCGAAGGGAUUCACGGCGGUGAGCCUGAGCGAGAGCAACUUCGUGCUGCAGAAGCCGUACGACCUGCCGAGCGACGCCCGGUACAGGUUCCGCGGCGGCGUGCGGCAGCUGUGGGUGCUGCCCUCCGCCAAGCCCCACACCCCUCAGAGCAACACCAAGCCAAGAACCGAGAUCAGAAUCACGGGUUACGACUACUCUUCCGGAGUGUGGCAGUUCGAGGGCUACGGCUACGUGCCCUCCGGCACGACGGGGGUGUCCAUCAUGCAGGUGUUCGGCGGCGGCGAGUCCGCCACCACGCUGAUGCUGCACGUCUACGACGGCGAGCUGCGGUACUACAGCCAGCGGGUGGUCGAGGGCAACAUCUACGACCGCUGGUUCCAGCUGAACGUGGUCCACGACGUGGACGCGUCGAGGCUCACCGUGUUCAUCGACGGCGUCGAGCGGCUGCGGGUGCCCGGCCGCGGCGGCGACUCGCACUACUUCAAGUUCGGCGUGUACACGCAGCACGACGCGUCCAGCUACAUGGAGUCGCGCUGGAAUAACAUCAUGAUACUCAGGAAAUAA